AUGUCUGAGCCUUUCAUGGCUCAGCUCUUAGGUGAUUCAUUCCAGGAAGAUAGCCCCUCCGUUCACGAGCUCUGUCAAUCGGACCCAACUUGGCCGCCGAGUCCUAGUCGUUUCCCUCCGUCGUUAGAAGACGAUACCAACUCGACGGAUGACGAUGACGCCGACGCCCAGUGGCCUCAAGAAAAUCCUUUAAUGUAUUUCCUUACACCGCCAACACCAGGGAAUGAAGAUCUUGAGUUUGAUUUUGAAUUUGAUGCCGGGAUAGAAGACUCAAACCGGCCUCGCGAAAUCAUUCGGACUGUAUCUCCGUCCACUCUCGAUGGUCUUAGGAAGUAUAAACCCAAAGACAAAUUAGCAGAUUGUGCUGUUUUGGACGAUGAUGACGAUGAUGACGAGGAAGAUUAUAUCCGAUUCCAUCCACAUGGUCAUACGUCUCUACCAUUUGGGUUUGAAAAGUUCUUCGACCAAACGCGGUCCACUGCUACUAUUACAACUCAAACUACCGAGGCCUUAUUAUCCCCGGCCUCGUUUCACGUCGGGUCACCGAAGGGGCGCCCAUCGAAGCGUUUCGCACCACCACGACGUGCUCUUAGGGGAAGAUCACCUACUCAGUCGCUACAACGGCGCCAUUCAUGGCGUGAACCAAGUCCCGACGUUUAUUCUAUCGAGGAGGAACCAGAAAAGGAAACGAUGAGUGAGAUGGGGUUAAGCAUCGAAGACCUCACUGACGAUCAAGAUAAGAAAACGCAACCAAUAGAUAUACCGGCUGCAAAGCCACGGAAGAAGGUUCGGUUCGUGUUACCGGUUAAGGAUUAA